CUACUGCAAUUGAGAAACCACAAAAAAUCAGAUGGAUAGACCCUAGAGAACCGAAUCCGCCGCUAGAACACAAGAAACCCCCCCUGUUCAUCUUCUUCGAGAACAAAAACAAGACUCCCAUGAUUUUUCUCUUAAAAAAAAACGCACACACAGAGACGGGAAAUAAAGGGAUGACGAGAGGGAGAGAUUAGUGAAGAAAUGUUCUAAGCUUUGAGAGUUUAUCUUCUUUGUUGGCUGGUGAUUACAUUCCAAAAUCCAAAAACAAAAAGAAAAAGAAAGAAAAGAUCUACAUAUAUAGAAAAAGAGUAUCUCUGUUUCUGCUUUCAAUUUGGUUUCAUCUAGUGGAGUACGCGUGAGCCAUUCUUCUUGAAGCUGUCGGUUAAAGUUUCCGGUUCGGAGUUUCAACAUUUGGUCGAGUUUCUUUUUCUAAUUUGACUGCUGUCGCUACUGGUUUUGCUGAGCCGCUGCUGAUUUUCGAUUCUCAACUUAGCCUCAUUUCAGCUGUCUUUUCCUUAAACUUAUCUAGAAAAAUUAGUUAAGGUCAUGCCUAAAGUAAAAACAAACCGUGUCAAAUAUCCAGAGGGAUGGGAGCUGAUUGAACCUACUCUUAGUGAGUUACAAGCAAAAAUGAGGGAAGCUGAGAAUGAUCCUCAUGAUGGCAAAAGAAAAUGUGAGGCUUUGUGGCCUAUUUUCAAAAUUGCCCACCAGAAGAGCCGGUAUAUUUUUGAUCUCUAUCACAGGAGGAAGGAGAUCUCCAAGGAAUUAUAUGAGUUCUGCCUAGAUCAAGGAUAUGCGGAUAAAAAUUUGAUUGCGAAAUGGAAAAAGCCUGGUUAUGAACGGCUCUGCUGUUUGAGGUGCAUGCAACCACGAGAUCACAACUUUCAAACAACUUGUGUCUGCCGAGUUCCACAGCAUCUUAGGGAGGAGAAGGUUAUUGAAUGUGUCCAUUGCGGCUGUAAAGGUUGUGCAAGCGGAGAUUAACCUGUUCUUUAGAAUCAACUAGUGCUUAAUUUUACAUGUUUUGUACUUGUAGUAAACCUACAUUAUUCAAAGCACUGAUCAAACGAUGUCUAGAACAUCGUAGUCAGUUCAAUGCUUGAGGUUGUGUUGGAUGAGAUAACAAUUGUGGUCACAGUACCUAUUGUAAACUGUAUAACCUAUUUAUAGACUACUUGCCUUCAGAUAGUUUUGAUA